AUGAAGGAGAUUUGGACAACCAUGGCAUCAAUGAUGGGGGUGUGGGCUUUUUGCCAAAGCCUUCUGCACACAGUCUUCCCGCCGGCGCUCCGGUACGCUUCCCUAAAAUUCCUCCAGCGCCUCCACAGCUGGUUCUCCUCCUACUGCUACUACGACAUCACCGAGAUCGACGGCGUCAACACUAACGAACUCUACAACGCUGUCCAACUCUAUCUCAGCAGCUCCGCCUCCAUCACCGGCACACGCCUGAGCCUCACGCGCGGACUUAAUUCCAGCACCAUCACCUACGGCCUCUCCAACAACGACCGCCUCGUCGAUACCUAUAAUGGCGUAACCGUUGAAUGGGAACACGUCGUCACUCAAAGACAAUCCCAAACAUUUUCUUGGCGACCACUGCCUGAAGAAAAAAGAGGGUUUAUUCUGAGGGUGAAGAAGAAAAACAGACAGGUGGUUUUGGGUUCUUAUCUUGAUUUUGUUAUGGAAAAGGCUAAUGAAAUACGUAGGAAAAAUCAGGACCGUUUGCUUUACACAAAUUCACGUGGUGGCUCCAUGGACUCUCGAGGGCAUCCAUGGGAAUCCGUACCCUUUAAGCAUCCCAGUACUUUCGAGACUUUAGCUAUGGAUCCUGAGAAAAAGGCUGAGAUUAUGGCUGAUCUCUUAGAUUUUGCAAAUGGAGAGUCAUUUUAUCAGAGAACUGGGAGGGCUUGGAAGCGAGGGUAUUUGUUAUAUGGCCCACCCGGGACUGGAAAAUCCAGCAUGAUUGCAGCCAUGGCUAAUUAUCUCGGGUAUGAUAUUUAUGAUCUCGAAUUGACUGAAGUGAAUACAAAUUCUGAGUUACGGAAGUUACUUAUGAAAACUAGCUCAAAAUCUAUUAUUGUUAUCGAGGAUAUAGAUUGUUCAAUCAAUUUAACUAAUAGGAAAAAGAAUGGUGGUGGGAGUGCUAAUUCCGGUGGCCGGAAAAAUAACCAUGAUGCUGCAUCCCCGGCACCGCCUGGGGCUAAUGGAGAAGAUGGUGGCAGUACGAUAACGCUCUCGGGGCUGCUGAAUUUUACAGAUGGAUUGUGGUCUUGCUGUGGGAGUGAGAAGAUUUUUGUGUUCACUACAAACCAUAUUGAGAAGCUUGAUCCUGCAUUGCUGAGAAGUGGGAGAAUGGACAUGCACAUAAACAUGAGUUAUUGUUCUUUUUCUGCAUUCAAGAUUUUGUUAAAGAAUUAUUUGGAGUAUGAGGAUACUGACUUAGAGAAGCCAAUGCUGGAGGAAUUGGAGGGGGUGGUUGAAGUGGCUGAAAUGACGCCUGCCGAUAUCAGUGAAGUUCUGAUCAAGAACCGGCGAGACAAGAACAAGGCGGUCCGAGAAUUAUUGGAGGCAUUUAAGACGAGGGCUGAACAAAAUCGAGCAAAGAAAUUGCUAGAGAGUAAAAGAAAUGAGGUUGAAGAUGAAGAGCAAGAGAAGAGGGCUUUGGAUAUCCCAAAAGAUGGUUUUGAUCAGUUGGAAGAAACUUGCAACAAAUGUGAAGAAAAAGAUGAUGAGAAGAUACACUGA